AUGGUCACUGUCAGGUCUUUAAUAGCACUUGCAGCUUCCAAACAGUGGUGUAUUUUUCAGAUGGAUGUCCAUAAUGCUUUUUUAAAUGGUGAUUUGGUGGAAGAGGUGUAUAUGCAUAUUCCUGAAGGGUUUGCCAGACAGGGGGAGUCUAAGAUGGUCUGCAAACUUCAUAAUGGAUCAAAGCCAGUCAAUGCACCACUUGAAGUUAAUCAGAAAUUGACUUCUGUGGAAUAUGACAAAAAUAUAUCUACCAAGACAGAACACAGUGAUGAAACUUUGAAAGAUCCUACAGCUUAUCAAAGGCUGGUUGGGAAACUCUUGUACCUAACAAUGACCAGGUUGGACAUAGCUUUUGCAGUUCAAGUCCUUAGCCAAUACAUGCAUUGUCCAAAAAGAUCUCAUAUGGAAGCUGCACUGAGAGUUGUAAGAUAUAUCAAGGGCUCACCAGGAAUGGGCUUACUGAUGCCAUCUCAAGCUACUAGUCAACUAUUUGCCUAUUGUGAUUCAGACUGGGGUGCUUGUCUGGAAACAAGAAAAUCUGUUACUGGGUAUUUGGUGAAGUUUGGUGGAGCUGUAAUCUCCUGGAAGUCCAAGAAACAGGAGACUGUGUCAAGAAGUUCAGCUGAAGCUGAGUUUAGAAGCAUGGGCAUAGAAAGAAUCACUCAAGGCAUGAUUAGAACUGAUCAUGUAUCAACAGAAGAGCAACUGGCAGACAUACUUACAAAAGGCUUGGGAAGAUCUCAACAUGAAUAUUUAGUAAGUAAAAUUGGACUUAAGAACCUGUUUCAACCAUCAACUCGAGAGGGGGUGUUAAAACAAGAGGCAAGUUGA